AUUUAGCAUAAACUUCGCGCAGAGUCUGCACCCAGUACAACAUAGAACCCCGGCAGCGAUGGCGGCUGGGGUGUGGGGGAGUGGGUCGUGCGAACAGCUCCCGCGCUACGCCUGUGGACAUGUUUAGCGGACAUCCGGCUAGCUCCAGCAGAUCGAAUAGAAGACCUUUCUCAGAUGUUGCUGGUGGAGGAUGGCUUAGAUCCAACUUUAGCUGCAGAGUUGGGGAUUGAUGAUCCAGAACUGGCUCGAGCCAUCGAAGCGAGUUACCAGAGCCAUGUCGGAACGGUCACUGCUCCACCACCUCCGGAGGAAGACCAAGACUUAGCACGAGCCUUACGGGAGAGCCUGGAGGAACAGGGGCGUUUGGGCGAGGUGGAUGCAAGAGCUUCAGGCAGUAGCAGUGCCGCUGGGAGUGCCCCUCCACCGAGGAUGCCCAGCUUUUUGCUCAGGCCACCAACGGCCCCGUUGGACGAGGUGGGCUCCAACGCGGCGGUGGACGGCGGGAGCUCUCGAGGCUCUUCCCGUGAGCGAGGCCUGGAUGCAGAUGCCAGCGAGGUCAUGGAUCCCCACUUGGCGGCAGUGAUCGAGGCCAGCUACGCUGCUCAGACAGAGACCGCGCGCGCGGAAGAAGAGGAAGAGAUGCUGCGACAGGCCAUGGAGAUCUCGCGAAAGGAAGAGGAGCGGCGUCAGAACCAAGCCCUUCGCGAGCAGCAAGAGCAGGAAUUGCAGGAGAGUAUCUUAAUGGACCAGAUGCGAGAGCAGGAGGAGAAGCGAAGGCGUGUGGAAGAAGAGGAACAGCGCAGGGCAGUCGAGGCCUCCCAGCAAGCGGAGCUCCAACGGCAAGAAGAGGAGGAGCGCCAACGCUUAGAGAUGCACUCCGCGAAGCUGGCGAACGUGCCACCCGAGCCGCCUGCUGACGCGCCUGAGAGGGUGGACCUCCAGAUCCGUGGGCUCGAUGGCACCCGCGCCAGGCGACGCUUCCUGUCGUCAAACACGGUGGGACAGGUCUAUGACUACCUUGAAGUCGAGGGCCUUUUGCCCUUGUCAUCCGAGGAGACGUUUCAGCUGGUCUCCACGAUGCCACGCAAAGAGUACAAGGAUCGUGAGGAGACGCUCGCCCAGGCUGGCCUCGCAGGUCAAUGUGCUUUGAUGCUGGAACGGCUCUGAGAACCGGUCGCCACGGCUUUUGAGCGCCACCGAACGGGUGCAUGGAGAACGUGCAUGGUGCC